CUUCCGCCGCGUCUGUCAGCGCUUUUUGACUGAGUGCGGCUCCGGGAGAAACAAUCGCUUUGGUUUUUCUCCAAACACGAGCCGAUCCCGUCCGAUGGAGCUGUAAACCCCGCGUCUGCUCAGUCUCCCCGCGGUUCAGCCCGACCCUCCGGCCGUAAAAGUCUCUCUCUGAGCCGGGCGCGCAGUUUGGGGCCUUGUUUAUAGCGCGCUGGCUUCGGAUGCGCUCGGUUUGGUUCGGGUAAAGUCGGAGAUUCUCCAGGCCCAGUUUGGAAUCGGGGUUUAUUUGGACGGGGUCUUUAAUGCACCAAAGAAUAUGAGCCAGAUGCCACAAUGACCUCCAGAUUCGGUAAAACCUACAGCCGUAAAGGAGGCGAUGGAGCGUCUAAGUUUGACGAGGUACUGUCCACCAAACGCGGCACCCUGAGCACAAAAUGGGGCGACACCAAAUACAAGGCCAAAGUGGGGUCAAAGCGCGGGCUGGGGCCCAAGAACGACGCCUGUCCCGAAGUCUUCAAACGGCCGCGAGCCGGAGGAGACGAGGAUCCGUUCGGGUUCGACAGUGACGAGGAGUCCAAACCGGUGUCAUCCAGAGUCAAGACUCCAGAGAAACAGGAGAGGCAGACGGGAGCAGGGGAGACAUCAGGGACUCCGAGCUGGGAGAGCGUGAUCGGUAUCUCCAACACAAAGACGACAACAUCAUCAACAUCAUCAUCAUCAUCAUCAUUGUGGACAGAGCGAGACAGAGGAGACCAGAGGAUCAUCAACAGCUCUGCAAGUUUAGGAAAGCCUCAGUGGUCUUACCCGUCGUCCGACCCUCAGCUCAGUUACUCCUGGUACCAGAACGCCUCCGAAAGCGACCGCAAACCUCUGGCUCAGACCACCACCUUAAAAACUGGCUCCAAAGCCGACCCCGCCUCCUCCUCAUCCGCCCUCGACCAAUGGGACGCCAUCGUCGGACUGCGCCCGCCCUCCCCCUCAGCCAAUCAGGAGCCUCGACACACCACCCCGUCGCUGUGGGCCUCGACGGGCUACGAGAAACCGCCAUCGCCGCCGCCGCCGCAAAACCACGACUUUACCUCAGACAGUUCGGAGUAUUCGUCCACGCUGGUCAGAAAUACGGUGUGUCGGACUUACAGGCGACCCGUUAAAAACAAGGACAGUAACGACUCUGUGUUUGAGACGCUUAAAAGUGAAAGUGAAAGUAAAACGAUGGGGGGAGGAGGAGGGGCAGGAGGGAGGGGAAGGGACUACACCGUUCUGCAUCCUUCCUCUAUGUCGGCGUGCAACGUGACGAUUCAGGAGCGGAGCACGGAAACGGCGCCCUCUACAGGCGGCGCGGGGGACACGGGGGAAGUGCCAUGGAGGAAGAAGACGGAACAUAACUCCAGGUUUGGAGCUCCUCAGUCCAAGCAGAAGCAGAGUAAGUCGGACUUGUUUGGGUUCGAGGACGACUCGGGUCAGAACCAGAACAGCUCCGCCCCCUCCGAUAGCCCCGCCCUCUCAGGUGGACCGUCCAAUUACAAAAUCAAAUACUUCGGCUUCGACGACAUGAGCGACAGCGACGGAGAAGACGGGAGCACCAGAGAACGGAGGAAAGCCAAGCGCAAGAUGAGACCAAACAUGGAGGAAGAAGAGGAGACGCACGAGGAGCCUUGUGAGGAGGUGGAGGACCCUUUCGACAGAUUCGAUCGUCUGGAGAGAAUGGACAGAUUUCAGAUGAACGAGAAAAAUGAGAGAGAGAGGAGUGAGUGGACGAGUCCGAAGCCAACGGAGAACAAGAAGAACUCAGAGCGACCAAACAGUAACCUACGAACAGAUGUGCUGGACUUCUCAGAGGAGGGUCUGAGGGUUCUGGCUGGAGCUCCGCGUAGAGCCCCUGCUCAGAGUAAAUCGACAGAGAAGAACCCGGAGUCUUUCAGGAGGAUCUUCAGCGCUCACAAGAAGUCUCCCACUAAAGCCGUGUACAACGCGCGACACUGGGCCGUGGACAGUGAAGAGGCUCCUCCCCCCGCCUUCCUCUGCAAACCUCCGUCUGCUCCGAGCUCGGCACCCAGGGCGAGCAGCAGUGAACCCGCAGAGCCUCCGCCUAAAGACGACGGCGUGUUUAAAGCUCCGCCCCCUCCUCCUAAAGUCUCCAAAUGUGUCAAAGUGUCUUCAGACCCCUGUCAGGACACGGUGACGGCUCUGCGCUGCCACAAGGAGCACAAGGAGCUGUACACGGUGGUGCAGCACGUGAAGCACUUCAACGACGUGGUGGAGUUUGGAGAAAACCAGGAAUUCACCGACGACUUUGAAUAUCUGGCAACUGGACUGAAGACAGGACAGCCCCUCAACACACGCUGCCUCAGUGUGAUCAGCCUGGCCACGCGCUGUGCCAUGCCCAGCUUCAGGAUGCACCUCAGAGCCAGAGGAAAAGUCGCCCAGGUCUUCAAGACGCUCAACGACGCCCCCCAGCACCAGAACCUGUCCCUAUGCACGGCCGCUCUCAUGUACAUCCUGAGCAGAGACAGACUGAACAUGGAUCUGGACCGGUCGUGUUUGGACCUGAUGAUCCGGCUCCUAGAACUGGACCAGGAACAGGGGGCGGCGCCGGGCUCGGCUCAGCUCAGCGCCCGAGAGAUCGCCAAAAUCAAAGAGAAGAUCCGAAAGCUGUGCGACACGGUGCACAACAAGCACCUCGACCUGCAGAACAUCACGACUGGACACUUGGCCAUGGAGACGCUCCUGUCUCUGACGUCCAAACGAGCCGGAGACUGGUUCAAAGAGGAGCUGCGUCUGCUGGGAGGGCUGGACCACAUCGUCGAUAAAGUGAAAGAGUGUGUGGAUCACCUGACGGAGGAGGAGGACGAGGACCAGCUGGUGUCGUCUCUGUGGGGGGCGGAGCGUUGUCUACGAGUGCUCGAGAGCGUCACGGUCCAUAACCCGGAGAACCAGGGCUACCUCAUCGCCUACAAGGACUCCUCCCUCAUCGUCUCCUCCGCCAAAGCCCUGAGGAGGUGCGAGCGAAUGAUCCAACCGUACAGCCGGGAAACCAACUCCCAGAGAAGUGUGGCCAAAGCUGUGCAGGACUGUAUGAGAGCCAUCAUCGGAGUCCUGCUCAAUCUGACGCACGAUAACGAAUGGGGCAGCACUAAAACAGGAGAGCAGGACGAGCUGAUCACCACGGCUCUGAACUGUGUCCUUAAAGUUCCUCAGUUUCUGCCUCAGGAGCAGAGGUUCGACAUCAGAGUUCUGGGUCUCGGUCUGAUCAUAAACCUGGUGGAGUACAGUGCGAGGAACAGAUACGCCGUGAUGGAGAUGGAGCUGGAUGCUGGACCCUGCGACGCCACCGUGAUCCAAGGUCCCAACCACCAGGACCAGGACCGGCCCGGGACUCUGAGUGCCAUCGCCGCCCUCGUACAGUUGUUCCUGCAGAGGGAACGUGCAGCGGUGUUAGCGGAGGCGCAGACUGAUGACCUCAUCAAAGAGGCGCCCAAAGCUCCUCUGGACCAAAGCGGCGAGUGGCAGGAAACGGGCGGAGAGAUCCAGUGGGUCGCCAACGACAACGCCAACGACAACGCCAAUGACAACGCCCCCGAGAAACAGGACAAGAAGAAGAACGAGGAGGAGGAUGAGGAGCUGGACCUCAACAAAGCUCUGCAGCACGCAGGGAAGCACAUGGAGGACAGCAUCGUGGCCUCGUACACUGCACUGCUGCUGGGCUGCCUCUGCCAGGGCAGUCCUAUGAAUGUGACGACGGUGCGGGAGAACCUGCCCAAAGGAGACUUCUCCAUAAUGACAGAGAUGCUCAAGAAGUUCCUCAACUUCAUGAACCUCACGUGUGACGUCGGGACCACGGGGCAGAAGUCCAUCUCCCGAAUCAUCGACUACCUGGAGCACUGCUGAAAAAAACAACAACCUUUUAUCCUGAAUUUUUUUAAGUCAUGUUUCUCAGACGAAGUUUAUCGACAAAACGAUUUUCACUCUACGUUCCGUUAACUGGCGUUUCCACAGCUCACACUCCGCACCAUUUAAAGGGCUCAUAUUACGCCAUUUUCUGAUCUGUUAUAAUGUUGUUUCCUCAUCUCAAACAUGGAACUUCUUCUCUUGAACAAAAAAACGCUCUGUUCCACCUUGUGAUGUCAACAUGUGGCAAUACAGGAAGUGCUCCACUGUGUUUUUAAACUCCACACAUCUUCACUAGAAUCAUUUGGAUAGUUUCAGAGCUGGAGUGACCAAUUUCUACUGAACUAAACGCAAAACGUAGCUGUUCACUUAAAAAAAAAAAAACUACCACUUGAUGACAUCACAAGGUGGAACAGAGCGUUUUGAGCUUUGGAGAUGUAGACGAAACAACUCCGGGUCUGUUUUUGAGGCGCUAACAACAUUAUAACACGACUUAAAGCUCACAAGAGUAAUAAAGGACCUUUUAAACAUUUCAACCAAAGCACUUCUCACAUUUCCAUCAUUGACCAAUCGUAUCGUUAUUUUAAAACCGAUUUGUGAAUUUUUAGCUUCGUUUCUUUGCUCGUUUAAAGCACCACACCGUAAUACCAUAACAACACAAAAAACCUACAAAGAAUGUUUCCAUUACUUUAUGAAAUGAGCUGUGAAAAUGCCCCUGAAGUCCACUAUUUUGUUUUGAUCCAAAUCUGUCAGGGGGAUGGUGUUUAAAACGGGACAAAAAUAGAGGUUUGUUUCGCUGUUAAUAAAUUGUGAAAUGGAUUUUAAAAUGAAUGUGCUAGAAGUAAAAAAAAUUAAAAAGUUAACAUGUGUAGUGUUUUGGAUUUCAAAUUGUUUCGAUAAAUUUUAUAUGAUUAAAAAUUCAAAAUUGCAUUGGUGAAAUGGUUAACUGUUUAAAACUGAGCUAGCACUUGAAACAUAAUAUAUUUAAAUUGUAUUUUUGAGCUCCAAAUCAAGACAGAAAACUAGUUUGGCCGAUAACUUGAGCUCGUUUCAAUUUGGUCAUUUAAAUUUUCUUCUGCCAUUUGUCAAGAAAAUUGUGGCUCGCUUUAAAAUAAUUUGUUAAAAGUCCGAUAUUACUUAAUGCUCACAAGAGUCAAUUUUGCGUCACGUUAUAAUGUCGUUUCCUCCUCAAAAACAGACUGCUCUAGCGUGUUUUGUUUGAUUCACACAUGUUUGAGUCACACUUUAUUAUUCGUCUGUAACAUCUACAAACCUCAAAAUGCUCUAUUCCACCUUGUGAUGUCAUCAAGUGGUAGUCUUCCAAGUUUUAACAGUGACAUUUUUUACCUUUUGUUUAGGAGAGCUUGCCAAUUCCAGGAGUGAAAUGAUCCAAAUGAUUCUAGUGAAAUUGUGUGGAGUUUAGAAACGUAGUAGAGCACUUCCUGUUUUACCACUUGAUGACAUCACAAGGUGGAACGGAGUGUUUUCUGUUUGAGAGAAGAACAUGUGUGAAUGAAACAAAACACAAGUCCAGGUUUGUUUUUGGAGAGGAAACAUAAUAAAAUAGAUCAGAAAAUGGCGUAAUAUGGGUCUUUUAAGGUUCGUUUGAUGCUUUUACCAGUUUUCCGAGAGAUUUGGAUCUGACUUGCCGGUGGCGUUUCUUGUUCAAAUCUUGAUGUCAUUUCAAUCACAUUUUAGUUUAAAUGUUCUUGUAACUCUCCACACUCCUCGUUAGACGUUUACGGCGCGUUACUGACGCUUUUGUACAUAGUUUUUUCUGUAAAUAAACCUUUGCGUUCCGAGGAUCCGAGCAGCGACGGGAGCGGGACAGAGUUCAGACUUUUCAAUGGGACUUUGUAUUUUUUUCCUUUUGUAAAAAAACGUGAGGUUUGUUUCGGACAGAGUGGGCGUUAUUUGUACAUAAUUUUAAAAUAAUAAAAAAAUUGCUACUUUC